AUGCUAGAGACCUACAGGAACCUCACUAGUAUAGGAUAUGACUGGGAAGAUCAUAAUGUUGAAGAAAAUUAUCAAAUUUCUAGAACACAAAAGAGGAACUAUAGAAACCAAGCUGGAGAGAAACCUACUGAAUAUACUCCAUGUGUUGAAGCCUUUGCAUAUGGUUGUCAUCUUCAAAAACAUGAAAAACCACAUACUAGAGAGAAACCCUAUGAAUGUAAUCAGUGUGGUAAAGCCUUUGCAUUUCCUAGUAAUCUUCAAAACCAUGAAAGAACACAUACUGGAGAGAAACCCUAUGAAUGUAAUCUGUGUGGUAGAGCCUUUGCAAUUAAAUGUAAUCUUCAAAGUCAUGAAAGAACACAUACUGGAGAGAAACCCUAUAAAUGUAAUCAUUGUGAUAAAGCCUUUGCAUGUCACAAUUCUCUUUAA